AUGACAAGAGAAGAUCCCUACAGAGAAGAAUUUAGUUAUGACAGGAUGCCGACGUUGGAGCGAGGAAGGCAGGAAGCUGUACAUUAUGCUCCAGAUAUAAAAUCCAGUGACCUCCAGCUAUCAAAGAGAUUCCAUCCUUGUUUCAGUUACAGAACAUGGAUUUUUUCUUUGUUGAUGGGGAGUUGCCUUCUUGUCACAUCGGGCUUUUCACUUUACUUGGGAAAUGUUUUCCCUUCUGAAAUGGACUAUUUACGCUGUGCAGCAGGUUCAUGUAUUCCUUCAGCAAUUGUGAGUUUUGCUAUAGCACGAAAUAAGGUUAAUGUGAUUCCAAACUUCCAGAUUUUGUUUGUUUCAACAUUUGCCAUUACCACGACAUGUUUAGUUUGGUUUGGGUGUAAACUUGUCCUGAAUCCAUCAGCAAUAAAUAUAAAUUUCAAUUUGAUUCUGCUAAUUCUAUUAGAAAUGUUGAUGGCAACCACAGUGAUCAUUUCUGCUAGAUCUAACGAAGAAUGUUGUAAAGGAAAGAAGGAUGCCAUCUAUGAUAGCACCAACAUUUUGAACACAGUCACCUUUCCUACUCGAGUCCUGAAAUCCUAUUCAGUUAUUGAGAUCAUUGUUGGAAUUUCUGCAGUGUUUGGUGGAAUAAUUGCUUUGAACAUGGAUGUAUUAGUUUCAGGCCCAUACCUUUCAGUGACGUUCUUUUGGAUUUUAGUGGCAUGUUUUCCAAGCGCCAUUGCCAGUCAUGUAGCAGCUGAAUAUCCAAGUAAAUGCUUGGUGGAAGUACUGAUUGCAAUAAGCAGCGUGACUUCUCCGUUAUUGUUCACGGCUUCUGGGUAUUUAUCUUUCAGCAUAAUGAAAAUUGUGGCCAUCUUUAAAGAUUACCCACCAGCAAUCAAACAAUCUUAUGAUGUUCUUCUGUUACUCCUAAUGCUGAUGCUGCUGAUCCAGGCUUUCCUCACCACUGGCACUGUCAUACAAUGCAUUAGUUUUAAAAUAAAGAUGAAACAGCAUGACUCAUCUUGGGCCACUUCCCAGAUGAAUAAACAAGACUACAAAACUGGAGAGGUAUCCAAUAACACACUGAAGGAAUUUGACAAAGACAAAGCCUGGAAAGCGGUUGUGGUGCAGAUGGCCCAGUGA